GGAAAAUCCCGUAUGCUAUACGAGUUUGACCUGUACUGCACCUGACUGUCGGGGAAAGAACUCGUAACGUGAUCGGCUUUUUCCGGCUGAGCCCCCCUACCUGCCCGCGUUCGGCUUUCACACGCUAGAGCCCGCCCCCCUGCCCGGCUAGCUCCAGCUGCAGCACCCGGAUUGGCUGGGAGCAGGGUGAGUGACGUGCGCGGGGAGCACCUGGAACGCAGGCGGCGCUCUUCACGCGAAGGAUCAGGCGAGACAUUGCAAUAAACCGUAGAUCAUGGACGGGCGGAGAAACGGGGGGCUGAAUGAAGAAUAAAACCUACGACCGUCGCCUCGCCACACAGCCAGCUUGUCAGACGAGCCCUGUGGGGGAUUUUCAGGAUUUUCACUGUUAAGGACAGACCGCUGCCGCCGCCCGCCCCCACCACCUCCCUGGGCAGAAACUCCUGUUGGAAAUCUACAUGCUGACGGCUCGAUCCAGGAUUCAAGGGAGACUCUUAAAACACGACAGCUGUGGUUUUUUUUCCAUGAUUCCCGUCUGUGCUUCUCCAGGACGAAGAAGGAAGGAGACCCGGUGUGUUUUUCGGCUCCGAAUGGAGUAGCACGAUCGCCUGGAGAUCUGAAUUCGCUGUGCCUUCCCCUCUCUCUCUCCCUCCCCUCUCCCCUAACCCUGUCCCUACCUCACCGUUUUUCCCAACCAGAAAGCUUUGUUUUUUUUUUUUCCUGUUUGCUAUGGUGGAUUCAAAUGCGAUGAGGAAGACGUUCACGGUCCCGGAGAUUAAGCCUCUGGAUCAGUACGAUUUCACCCGAGCCAGAAUAUGUGCCAGUUUGGGCUGGAUUCUGACGAAGUCCUACGGCAGUGCAGAGAGCGUGCCUGAGGAGCUGAGGGAGCCCUUCUACAGCGACCAGUAUGAGCAGGAGCACAUCAAGCCCCCCGUCACCCGCCUGCUGCUGUCCUCGGACCUCUACUGCCGGGUCUGCGGGCUGGUCCUGGGGGGCGAGGCGGCGCCCCGGGACAACGCCGCCCUCCUGCAGCUCCUCGCCCGCAAGGGGGUGCCCCCGAAAGACCAGGAGACCCCGAUCACGGAGGCCGACCUGAGACAAAGGCCCAUCAAGAUGAGCGCUCACUUGGCGGUGAUUGAUUCGCUGAUGUCCGUCUGCGCCAUGGAGACGAUGGGCAGGGUGAAGAUGCCCGCUGGGCUGGAGCAGUUUGGCGCCGACAGCCAAUGGGAGAACGCGGUGCUCUACUGGGUAAACAAGUGCAUUCAGAAGCUGAGGGAGAGCACGGACAGGGGCCUUGCACAGCGGUCGCAACCUGGCAUGGAGCUGCAGCAGAGCCAGCCCUCGUGCCCCACCCGCUGGUACUGGAAGCUGGUUCCUCAUGCCAUCGCUUUUUGUUUGAAGGAGUCUGGGAGUAAGCCUCCUGUGAUCCGCUACAGGAAAGACAAGAUGCUGCACAAGCAGACGCCCACCUUCCCGCUGGUGGCGGGCACCAAGGACCUGUCCAACGGCUGCGCCAUCGCCGCCGUCGUGCACUACUACUGCCCCGGCCUGCUCCGCCUGGAAGACGUGUGUUUGAAGGACACCAUGUCAGUGGCUGACAGCCUGUACAACCUGCAGCUGAUCCAGGACUUCUGCCAGAGCGCUCUGAAGAGCUGCUGCCCCCUAGCGCUGGAGGACCUCCUGUACGCCCCGCCUGCACUCAAGGUGAACAUCAUGACCUUCAUGGCCGAACUGUUCGGCUGCUUCGAGGUGCAGAAGCCGGAUUUCGUUCAGCCCAAAGAGCCCCUGGACCUGCAAGGUACUCAUGUGGAGGGUGUAGGGAAGACCUGGCCCAAGAGACAGAUCAGCCGCCCGCUCUCCUCGGCCGUGUCCUUCAGCAUCCCGUUCGGCCUGGACAGCGACGUGGACAUCGUGAUGGGGAAUCCUGUGGGCAUGACUCGCUCCAUCAGCUCCGACAGCCUGGGGCCCAACGUCUUCCAGCCCGCGCCUGGCGCCCCCCCCCGGGCCACCUACACCUCUUCCGAGGAGGUCCCGGACUUGGGUGGGAAGGGGAAGGGGGUGGGAGGGCAGACGGCUGCCCAGACCGGCCAGAACGGGCCCCUGGGGUCUCACAGGGCGUCCUGGGGCACUCAGACGCCCCCCGUCAAGAUGCGCAUGGAGAAGGACCCCGAGGGGCUGGAGAACGGGCUGGAGGAGAGUGGCUACGCCGACCUGCCCACCAUCGAGGAGGCCCUGCAGAUCAUCCACAGCGAGAGCAAGAUGGAGCCCCGGUUACACCCGGACGGCGCCGCGGACGGGUUCUACCUCCACUCCCCGGAUGAGCCUGUCGGCUUCCGGCACAACGGGAGCCCCUCCCGGCUCAGCUCGUCGGCCCCGUCCCGCGCGGGGAUGAUGUACCGGCCCUCGGGGGAGCCGCAGGAGAGGGAGCGGGGCCAGCGGCGGACGCGGCGCACCUCGGAGGGCUCCAGGGCCUCGCGGGACGACGACUCGGUGCUGCGGGACGGCAGCGUGGACUCGGACGCCUCCGAAGACCUGCCCAAAGCGCCCGCCGCGCCGGUGCCCGCCGCCGCGGACGGGGACCCCCGAGACGAGGCGGGCACCGGGACGCUGUCCCUGUCCUCGUCCUCGGACAGCGGCGUGAAGAUGACCAGCUUCGCGGAGCUCAAGAAGAAGCUGGUGCCCGCCGCGCCCGCCGCCGCCACCACCGAGACCCCCAGGGGCAGCCCCGAGCCACAGAUGACCACCUGGGCGCAGCGAUCGGAGGAGAGCCCCAGCAAGAGCCCCGCGCUCAACACGGAGAUGUCGCAGCUGGGCGCCAGGCUGGAGGAGAAGCGCCGGGCGAUCGAGGCCCAGAAGAAGCGCAUCGAGGCCAUCUUCGCCAAGCACCGCCAGCGGCUGGGCAAGAGCGCCUUCAUGCAGCUCAAGAAGCAUCAGGACGGCGGCGGCGAGGCCGAGGCCGAGGUGCCGGAGGAGCUGGGCCAGCUGACGCUGGAGGAGCGGCUGGCGCGCAUCGAGGACGAGGAGGAGCGGCCCCCCCCCAGCGAGGACCGGGACAAGCUGGCGGACGGGUCGCGCCAGGAGAAGCAGGUCACCUUCUCCCCGGAGAUCCGCAAGCCGGAGGAGGACGCGCACCUGGGGGACUACAACAAGGCCGUGUCCAAGCUCAACGCCGCGCUCAGCUCCCUGCAGAGCGACAUGCAGCGGCUGGCCGAGCAGCAGCAGCAGCUCAUGCGCAAGAAGCCCGCCACCCAGGCCUGGGUCAUCCCCGCCAGCCCCAAGCCCACCGCCGCCGCCCCGCCACUGCCGUCCCCCCGGCCGUCCCGGGAGCCCACGCCGCGCUCCGCCGACCUCUCCUGCUCCUCCCCGUCGCCUUCCCCGUCUCGCAAGCCCGCCAGCCACCCCGCCCCUCCCAAAUCCCCCCAGCCGGCCCCCCGGAGGGCGCAGUCCGUGCCACCCAAGAGCCCCAAGCACGCCCGCCCCCUGGACCUCAAGUUCCCGCCCCUCACCCGCGUCCUCACCCCCCCCAACAACGUGGACAACCUGCCUCACCUCCGCAAGUUCUCCCCCAGCCAGUGUCCCGUCCAGACCUCCUCCUCCUUCAGCAUCGGGCACCCCCGGAGCCCCAUAGAGCUGGGUAAGCCCGUGGGGCCCAUCCCUAAGCCCCCCGGCCCGGAGGACGACUCCUCUGAGACGGGCUCGAGCGAGGAACCUGCCAUGUUCAGCCUGGAGCUGGAGGGCCACUCCCGGCCCCCCGUGGGCCCCGUCGUCGGGCCCUCUUCCUCCCGGAAAGAGCCGGGAGGGGGCAGCAGUUCGGGGGCGCCCUCGGAGUGCUCCUUUGAGAGCGACCUGCAGCCCUCCUUCAACGGCAAGCGCAGCAGCCUGAUCGAGAUCUCGCUGUCCUCGCUGCGCGGCCCCGAGGAGGCCGAGGGGGACGAGGGCCCCGAGAGCUUCAGCGACUCCACGAGCGACCACACGGAGCCCGAGCAGAGGGGCGGGCUGGGCUUCUUCUUCAGGGUGAGUCUUGGCCCGGGUGUGGGAUUUGGACAGCAGAGGGUUAGAAAACCAGUGCUGCUGUCCCCAGGCCAGACCAGCGUCUGUUUGUCAGUCGGCUCCAGGCUCAGUAAAGUGUACUCUCACUCCUCGCUGUCUCUCUCCACCAUGGCCAAUGACACAGGCGGCUCCCUGAUGGUGAAGAAGUCCCCCAGAGCUGAUUCGCCCUUGGGUCUGAUGUCACCGAGCCGGCUGGCCAAUCAGAACGGAGAGAAGGACUGGGAGAACGCCUCUACUGCCUCCUCUCCUGCCUCUAUCCCAGAGUACACAGGUCCGAAGCUCUAUAAGGAGCCCAGCUUCAAGUCCAACAAGUUCAUCAUCCACAACGCCCUGUCGCGCUGCUGCCUGGCGGGCAAAGUCAACGAGCCGCAGAAAAACAAGAUUGUGGAGGAGAUGGAGAAGAGCAAGGCCAACCACUUCCUGAUCCUGUUCCGCGACUCCAGCUGCCAGUUCCGCGCCGUCUACACCAUGAACCCCGAGACGGAGGAGAUGGCGCGGCUCACGGGCUUCGGCCCGCGGGUCAUCACGCCAGCCAUGGUGGAGUCCAUCUACAAGUACAGCUCCGACCGCAAGCAGUUCACCCCCAUCCCCUCCAAGACCAUGUCCAUGAGCGUGGACGCCUUCACGAUACAGGGGCAUCUGUGGCAGAGCAAGAGGCCGGGCACCCCCAAAAAGCCAGGCACCCCCAAAUAGCCUGAAUAUGCGGCAACAGCCAAAGGCCAGCUCCACCUAAAAACAAAUAAUUUCCACCCCCCUUCCCUCCUUCUGCCCACCCUCCUUUGGGCCUCCGGCUCACCCUGGGGAAGAUCUGGUCCCGGGAAGAAUGGACCUGUGUUACUGGGGGCGACCUCCCUUUCUGUGUCCAGCUUCUGACCCGCAGUCCGGACCCCAGUGUCCCGACCUCUUCUUUCUGCAGCCACUGGCCUUGCCAGGACUGUCUGUCAGUAUCUCCCCCCCUCCAUCGGCGAGUUCCUGUUAUCAGGAUGGUGUGCAUCAACAGGACCUGGGGCCACGCCCCCCCGGCUGUUUGUUUGUAGGACGACUCCUGUUUAAGCUGUGAUGACCUGGUCGCCGCGAUGGGUCAGGGUCGUGACCCAAACCCAGAACCCGUCUGGAAAGUGGAGCGGAGGGGUGCGGCGUUUUUUAGGAAAUUGUGUAGACACUGAUUUGCCAAACUCAACAGCCUGGUGAACAGGGGCUUUUGUUAGGGGCGUGGCUUGGAGGGGUGUGGCCUGUGGGUGUGGCCUGGAACGGGGGCGUGGUCCCCAGGCUCUGGACUCACUUACAAUGCCUUGCUUUUUUUGUGUUUCUGCUUCAGUGAAGAACCUUUAAAAAACGGUGGUGAAGACCGAAGGAAAAGAGGUGUGGGUGAAAUGUUUUAUUUGUGUAGGGCCUGGCUCUGCCCCUGCCCCGCAGCUCAGAACCAGACGGCUCUGGGCCACAUCUUGAAUGUACUGUACAAACACCGAGCCCGUCCGUUCCUCAGCGGGACAGAGCCGGGGGUGUUUCUCGGUGCACCACGAGAACACCUCUGUCCCGAUGCGCCAACUGUUUUUUAAUUCUGGAGGAAAGGCAUUCAUCUCUUUGCCUGUGGAGGGGAGGGUAAGGACAGCCCGUUUCUGUCUGUCUAGGCAGUCGGCCUAUUUUUCUACAGCUUCGAUGCUCUUCUGGACAAACGAUAUAUACACAAGACCGAAUUGCACAGCCUGUAGACUCCUCUCUGAUUACAGGCCCGUGCCCGAGUCCUUUCUUCUGACCGGGC